AAGGGACAGCUCCCACGCCACCCUCCUUAUGGGAGGGACUGCGCUUGAAAGACAAACCUGAGUUGCAUUUUCACCUUCACAUUACAGUCUCCCCAACUAGCCGCUCGGAUUACAGCAGCCAGCACCCAGUCCCUUAGGUGCUCUGACCAGCCAUCCAUGGUUUUGCUUUCUCUCUGUGAUGGUUACUCUUCAUUCCGAUGUUGAAAGAUUGCAUGUAUUGUGCAAAAUGAGGGAAGCGAGAUCUACCAGCAGGCGGUGGGGGCUGCUUUUAUUCCUUUCGCAGUUCAGCACCAAGGAUGGUGGAAUAGCCACCUGAACAUGGGGAGAAAAACAACAAGUAGUUCUCGCCUGACAGAGACACACACAGGUUGGCGGAGGAUCCGCCAACAGCUGCGAAGAAAACAACGUCUGGUAUAUGAAGAGGAGCCUCUCUCUCUCUCCUCAUUAAGUCAUGUCUGACCCAGAGAGAUGGGCAAGCUCGAGGAUAACGAGAGGGUGAUCCUCAACGUGGGGGGCACCCGGCACGAGACCUACCGGAGCACGCUGAAGACCCUGCCGGGGACCCGGCUGGCCCUGCUCGCCUGCGAGUCCCAGAGCGAGUCGUCGGGCGGGGAAGAGCAGCCGCCGCCUCCGGCUCCCCCGCCACCGCCUCCCCCCAACCUGCCCCCGCAGGUGCCGGGCGGCUGCCCGGAGGCCAGCAGCGGCGGCCCCAGCGAGUUCUUCUUCGACCGGCACCCGGGGGUCUUCGCCUAUGUGCUCAACUACUACCGCACGGGCAAGCUGCACUGCCCGGCCGACGUGUGCGGGCCGCUCUUCGAGGAGGAGCUCGCCUUCUGGGGCAUCGACGAGACCGACGUGGAGCCCUGCUGCUGGAUGACCUACCGCCAGCACCGCGACGCCGAGGAGGCGCUCGACAUCUUCGAGACCCCCGACCUCAUCAACGGCGAGCCGCCCCUCGACGGCGACGACGACGACCUGGCCGCCAAGAGGCUGGGCAUCGAGGACGUGGGGGCGGCGGCCGGGCCCCCCGACGGCGUGGGCGGGCGCUGGAGACGGCUGCAGCCCCGGGUGUGGGCGCUCUUCGAGGACCCCUACUCCUCCCGGGCCGCCAGGUUCAUUGCUUUUGCCUCUUUAUUCUUCAUCCUAGUUUCAAUUACAACCUUUUGUUUGGAAACCCAUGAGGCUUUCAAUACUAUUAUAAACAAAACCGAGCAUGCCAUCAAUGGCACAGAGGUGGUUCUACAGUAUGAAAUUGAGACAGAUCCUGCUCUGACGUAUGUGGAAGGAGUCUGCGUGGUGUGGUUUACAUUUGAAUUUUUAGUCCGUGUUGUUUUUUCACCCAAUAAACUUGAAUUCAUCAAAAAUCUCUUGAAUAUCAUUGACUUUGUGGCCAUUCUGCCCUUUUACCUAGAGGUGGGCCUGAGUGGGCUCUCCUCCAAAGCUGCUAAGGAUGUGCUUGGCUUCCUCAGGGUGGUGAGGUUUGUGAGAAUCCUGCGAAUCUUCAAACUCACCCGGCACUUUGUAGGCCUCAGAGUGCUGGGCCACACACUCCGAGCUAGCACCAAUGAGUUUUUGCUGCUGAUAAUAUUCCUGGCACUAGGUGUGUUGAUAUUUGCCACCAUGAUCUACUAUGCUGAGCGAGUAGGGGCCCAGCCCAAUGACCCAUCUGCUAGUGAGCACACGCAGUUCAAAAAUAUCCCCAUUGGCUUCUGGUGGGCUGUGGUCACCAUGACUACCCUUGGGUAUGGGGACAUGUAUCCUCAGACUUGGUCAGGCAUGUUAGUGGGUGCUCUGUGUGCUCUUGCUGGGGUGCUGACUAUAGCCAUGCCCGUGCCUGUCAUUGUCAACAAUUUUGGAAUGUACUACUCCCUGGCAAUGGCGAAGCAGAAACUUCCAAGAAAGAGGAAGAAGCACAUCCCUCCUGCUCCUCAGGUGAGCUCCCCUACCUUUUGCAAGACAGACUUGAAUAUGGCCUGCAAUAGCACACAGGGAGAUGUCUGCCUCGGCAAAGACAACCGGUUGAUGGAACACAACAGAUCAGUGUUAUCAGGUGAAGACAGUGCUGGAAGUGAGCAGCCACUCUCACCUGGGGAAAGGCACCCACCAAUCAGACGCUCUAGUACCAGAGACAAAAACAGAAGAGGGGGAACAUGUUUCCUACUGACAACAGGUGAUUACACGUGUGCUACUGAUGGAGGGAUCAGGAAAGGAUACGAAAAAUCCCGAAGCUUAAACAACAUAGCUGGCUUGGCAGGCAAUGCUCUGAGACUGUCUCCAGUAACAUCACCCUACAGCUCACCUUGUCCUCUAAGACGCUCUCGAUCUCCCAUCCCAUCUAUAUUGUAAACCAGAUGGCAUCAAUCGGCUACAUAGCAUUAAUUCAAAUACUGUUUACCACAUUAUGGAAAUAAAUGUAGCAUUAACUGUAGGUUCCAUAAAUACAGUAUAAAUUCUGCAUGAUAUAAAUGUCAGUAGUAAGAAAUGCCACUUGGGUAGCUGAAGAUUCUUAUCUUGGCUUUUAAGAUUGUCUAAAGUAGUGCUUCUCCUUUUAUCUACUAUAUUGUCCUACUUUACCAUGGCAAUAAAAGGACAGCUAGUAGACUCCAUUGGCCAGUAUAUUCAAUAAAUAAGUGUAUUUUCAGGGAGAUAUAUUUAAAACAACGUGCUUCCAAAUGAUAAUCAAUCACUCCAUUGAAACUUCAUUACUUGUGACUCUAACCCAUUCUGAAGAUGUCUGGAAUCUUGUCUUUGUCGCACACAAUGUGAUUUGGGUCUGAUCAUUUGCAUGGAUCAUACUGUCUCCAUCACCUGACAGCAGUGUUGCAGAUUACUGGGACCAUAGAUGGCUCUGGAUGUGUGUUCUUGCAUUAUACCAUCCUGCUGAAAUGAAAGCACUGAUGAAAUGGUCUGUAUGUGGGAUUGUUUUUUGUUGUUUAACCUUUUAAAUUUCUUUAAAUUAUUUGUUUUUAAAUGGUUUGAUUUCUUGAUUAACUUUGGUACUAGACUGCUGUAUCAGAGUUCUGAAUGUCUCCGGUUGUUUGCACACAGAUAACUGCAAAGAGGUUGUCAUUACUGGUUACACGCAAGCUGAGGCCAGAUCUCUUUCUUAAUGGCUUGGGGAAGGCACAAAACAUGAAAGAAAGGUAAACACCAUCCAGGCUUGCAAUUUUAAGCUAGCAAGUGCUGCUUGGUACUGUAGUCAUUUUUCUACUCCAGGGUUCUUCAACAUUUUCAGAGGCAGAGUGCCAUGUAAAAGCAAGAAGAUUAUUGCUUUUAUCUGUACAAAUAUAGGAGGGCAGUAGUUCUCAAAAGGGGUUUGACCAGCCUUAAAUAUGAUUCAUGAGCUUCAUAAAUUUCUUCAGUCAGUGUUUUUUUGAGGUGCUUUGUUCUAUAUGUUGUUUCGUCUGUCUGUUUGGCUACGUGUCUGCUGUAUUCUUCAUCUGUCUCCAUAAAGCACAGAAGUACCUUUAAAAUGUCCCCAUCUUUUAAGAUUAACAGUUGAGUACAUUUUCUCCUUUUCCCCCUUUUUGGUACAGACUAUACAUUUCAAGUGUAAGUUAAUAUCCUUUAGCCUACCUAAUGUGGGAACUUUGAAGAUCUUUGAAACGUGGGAUUUAGCAAUGAUUUUGCCAUUCUAACUGGUUGUCUACUGCAGCCGCAUCAAUCCCGCUACCUAGCAACCAACAUUCAUUACUGUAUUCAAACUGUAUCCCCUCCAGUGGCUUUUUCUUUCAAUUUAAAAAGCAAGAACCUGUUUACGCAACAGUACAAAUGCAAUAGUAGAUUUGAUAUUUUGGGCUGGUGAGGAAAAAAACACCCAACAACAUAGUCUUAUGGAAGAAAAAAAAAAAAAGCUAAACUAAGUCUUAAGAGAUCCUUGAGAUUGUUGAAUAAUCCCUGACUGUCAUAUGUUUAUAUUUUUUGUUAGGAAGACAAAUAACAUUUAUUCUUGACCAUGUAACAUAUUCUUCUGUAUAUAGCCUAGCUCUACAGCAUGACAUGCAUGUCAGACUUCUUGUACUAUAAUAUAUUUAUCAAAGUAUACAUUUCUGAUAUUUAGAGAUGUACAAUGAUUUAGUUUUGGUAAAACAUUGCCAAUAGAGAGAGAUAAUUGCAAACAGCUUUUUAGCAAAGGAAUUAAUAUAAUAUCUGGUGCUGCUGUUAUAUUGACUACAGUGUUGUACAGAAUUUAUCAUGGAUUUUUGACUGCUGAAAAAGGGACAAUGGAAUUUAGCCAUACCAAGGACUGUACUGGAAAGAGAUUACUGC